GGAUGUCGAUUGUCGAAUGAGAGAUAGUGGCAGGCAGUGGUGGUUAUAAAAAGGAGGUAGAGUUAAUUCAUCAUUUACCAAGGUUGCCGGUUUUGAACGGAGUCUGUGAGAAUUAAUUUACAAUGUCUAUUGGUGUGCCAAUUAAGGUUCUGCAUGAAGCAGAAGGACAUAUAGUGACCUGUGAAACAAAUACAGGAGAAGUUUAUAGAGGAAAACUUGUAGAAGCUGAAGACAACAUGAACUGCCAAAUGACCAGCGUCACUGUUACUUAUAGAGAUGGUAGAACUGCAGAUGUUGAAAAUGUUUACAUUCGAGGAUCCAAAAUCAGGUUUCUUAUUCUUCCUGAUAUGUUGAAAAAUGCGCCUAUGUUUAAAAGGCAAGGGACAAAAGCCUCCAAUUCAGGAGCCGGGAGAGGUAAAUCGGCUAUUCUCAGAGCUCAAGCUGCUCGUGGAAGAGGGAGGGGAGGCCCUCUUCAAAGAGGGCAAGGUCGCCCAAAUUGGCAAGGUCCAGGAGGCAGUGGUCAGCAGAGACGGAGACCCGACGAUCGCUAACUUUAUAAUGAUUCAACAUGUGUUUAUUUUCGUUUACUUUACUUUACUUAACUUUGUGCUUAUACCAAAACAAAUAAGUACUUUCAAGUGUAAUGCUGUUGUGUAUGUCUUCUAUUAAUUUAGUCACAGACAUUUUAAAACCCAGUAUAGUUUGUACUAGUUCUAAUUUUGUUCAGAUUCACUUUUUUAUUCAGUUUAAUAAAUAAAUCUUGAUCAAUUUUAAUACAAGGAUUUUUGAAAUAAUUUUUACUUUAUAUAUCUAUUAAUUCACACGUACAUUGAAGUAUAUUAUGAUGUUUUAAUUGUUGGACGAUUGUUUGGAAAUUUUGUGAUGACAAAUUAGAUAUAUAAGGUUGUAAUAAAUAACAUUUGAUACAUA